AUGACAGAUCCGAACCCCCAACCAGAUACCCCAUCAGUGGCAGACGACUCUUCACAUGUGGGGAAGAGCACCAGCGCAAUACCCGCGGGGAAACCAACCCGACGGCAAUUGCUAGGAGCCCUUACAGCGACCGAUGUCACUAUUCGCCGGUUAGAUUUACUCCUCUCCUCCGCCGAUGGUCAAGAACGAGUCCUCGCAACAAUUAACUAUGUCGCAUCAAUUUUACACCAUGUCUCUGCAUCCGGACCCUGGAAUGCAUUUCAAACCCGCCUAGGACUCCUCGCGCGAUUACGAGGCCAAGCCGCUUCACAACCCUCCAAACCCUCCUCCCCUCCCUCAAAAUCAAAAUGGUCAGCCCUAUCCUCUGUCGCUUCCGAGACCCGCUACAAUCUACGCCUCUUCGGCCUCCUACCACUCUGGGUCUGGGGCUCUCAAACGCUCAAAUCACCACCCGCCGAUCCAAUCCUUCACACAUUAGCCAUCCUCCAAGUGAUCUCCAAUGUGAUCUACCAACUCCUCGAGAACGUCGCCUACCUCGCAGAAAAGGGCGUCGUCUCCAAAAAGUGGGUUGAAAAGUACGGAGGCGUCGAUGCAUGGUACAUUUGGAGCACACGAGGAUGGUUCGGGCACAUCUUUUUCGAAUGGUUCGUUCUAUGGCGCGAGCAUGUACUGCGCAAACGCCGUAUGGCUGCUAAGCUUGCUGCGGCGGCCAAUGAUGAGAAAGCCAAAGAAUUCAAGGCUGAAGAAGCGGAGGAGGUACGCAAAGAGAUCCGCUCUUGGAAGAAGAGUCUGGUUAAUAACACUAUUUGGGCUCCUUUGUGUAUUCACUGGUGCUUUGAGAAGGGUAUCGGGAUUCCGGAGAAUUUAAUUGGCCUGAUCAGUUUCAUGGCUGGUGUUUGGGGUCUUAAGGAUUCAUGGGCUGCGACGGCGAAGAUCAAGUCAUGA